GCUGGCCGGCAAAGGGAAAGAGUCUCAUUUUCUCAAGACUCGGAACUGACGAAUCAUUUACAGUCGCUUCUCCACUCCUUUGCGUUGUUCCUAUGAUCUACUCGUCCUUCCUCAUCAAUCUUCUCUCCAUUUCAAUCUACAUAGUAUGUGAUUGAUUGAUCGAUCAGGUUAGUUAACGUCUGUGUGUUAGUUGUUUGUGAUUUGAGACAAAUCGUGCAUUGUAUGUUUGUACAAUUGCAAUGGCGUCGACGAAUGCGGCAGCGAGGGAACAUGUUGAUGAGAUACGGAGGAGGAAGUUCUCCAUCGGCGGAGAACCGAAUCCGUUAACGGAGGAUCUUCAUCAGGCGGUUAAAAAUCUCUCUGCGGAGCUUUACGCCAAGGAUGUGCAUUUUCUUAUGGAACUAAUUCAGAACGCGGAGGAUAACGAGUAUCCGGAAGGGGUUGAUCCUUCCUUGGAAUUCGUGAUUACGUCCAAGGACAUAACAAACACCGGAGCUCCGGCGACAUUGUUAGUUUUCAACAACGAGAAAGGGUUUUCCGAUAAGAACAUUGAGUCGAUUUGUAGCGUGGGACGUUCUACUAAGAAAGAUCUCCGUAAGCGUGGUUAUAUUGGCGAAAAAGGAAUUGGAUUCAAGAGUGUGUUUCUGAUAACAGCUCAGCCUUAUAUUUUCAGUAAUGGUUAUCAGAUAAGAUUUAACGAAAAACCUUGUGAGCAUUGUAAUGUUGGUUAUAUUGUUCCUGAAUGGGUGGAGGAGGAUCCAACACUAUCUGCCAUUCAAAGUGUAUAUGGUUCUGCUACUUCCCUGCCUACCACAACUCUGGUAUUGCCUCUAAAACCAGAGAAAGUCAAACCAGUCAAGGAUCAGCUUUCCAGUGUCCAUCCUGAAGUUCUCUUGUUUCUUUCAAAAAUAAGGCGGCUUUCUGUCAGGAAAGGUAAUGAGGAUCCUAGGCUCGACACUGUUAACGCAAUAUCUAUUUCCAGUGAGAAAAACUUUUUCACAUCAAAGAGCAUGGACGCUGUUUCUUAUACAGUUCAUCUUACUGCUGAUGCUGAUGAUAGUGAUGAUGAAGAUGAAACAGAAUGUGGGUACUACAUGUGGAAACAGAGGUUUCCAGUGAAGCAGGAAAACAAAGUUGAUGUUAGAAUGGAGGUAGAGGAGUGGACAAUCACCCUGGCUUUUCCAAUUGGGGAAAGACUCAGUAGAGGUUCAACUUUGCCUGGCAUCUAUUCCUUUCUACCAACGGAAACAAUCACAAAUUUUCCAUUCAUAAUCCAAGCAGAUUUUCUGUUGGCCUCAUCAAGGGAAAAUAUCCUCUGGGACAACAAAUGGAACAAGGGAAUACUCGAUUGUGUGCCUCUGGCGUUUCUAAAUGCAUUUACCUCACUGGUGAAAUCAACAGAAAAUGCUCCCGUUUCCAGUCUCCCAUUCAUGUUUAGGUUCUUACCUGUCUAUGAGUCAUCCCAUCCAAAACUGAACCAUGUCAGGGAUGCCAUCAAAGCAAAGCUGAUGAACGAGGCUAUUGUCCCAUGCGAGUCACACACUGAACAGAAGUUGUUUUGUAAACCCAAUGAAGUUGGCAGGCUGAAGCCUGCUUUUUGGAGCAUACUCAAAAAGGCAAGGAGACAAGGUGUUAGUUUUUCCAAUAUUUCGUCUCAUGGAGCAUAUCUUCUGGCUUCUUCGUUUGAUAAAAGUGAUUACAAUGUGAUUCUGGAUUUUUUGGAAAUCAAACCUGUAAGCCAUGAAUGGUAUGCCAAAUGCAUUGGGAGCUCCAAUCUUGUAAUGGGUGUCUCAGAGGAUGUUUAUAUACAGCUUCUGUUAUUCAUUGCUGGGAGUUGGGGGUCUUGUUUUUACAAGACCAACAUGAAGAAUACACCACUGAUAAAGUAUAUUGGGCGAGAUGGCAAGGUUGAUGUAAUUACUCUAGUCUCUGGUACAAACAAGCUGCUGGCUGCUGAUUCUGAUUCUGAUGAUUCUGAUGAUUUCUCAUGGUUGAUAAACUGGAACACCGAGUUCCAAUGUUCACUAGGUAAAUUUUUUCUGCCAAAAGUCACACAAGAAGCGAUGCAAUCAUGUUCGAAGAAGACAACACUAGUGAAAUGGCUUAAAGAGAAGGUGAAGGUUGAGUUUGUUAGUGUUUGUGAAUACGCUGAGCUUCUUGGUCCUUCACUAAAAAGUAACAGCAAGCUGGCUGUGAUUUAUGCCCAUUUCCUACACAACUCUUUACAAAAGGAUUACUUGCGGAUGUAUGAAGUUCAGAAUCUGUGUUGUGAUAUGCCGAUUGUUGAUAACUACGGGCAAGUAACCAGAGAGCAUAGAGAAGUUCUUGUGCCUGCUAAUGGAAGCAAAUGGGUGGAGCUGAUCGGUUCAAAUCCUUGGAGGCAGCAUAAUUAUGUUGAGCUGGGUGAAGAUUAUACCCGUAGUAUGACCCAUUUUGGUGAUGUCACAUCAGGGAAAGAGCUUGUUUUGUUUCUUCAAAAAUAUGUUGAAGCUUCUGAUGUUCCUAAUCUAUCCCCCCCUAAUGCUGCUAUUCCUACUCUCUCUUCUCCUCUCACUAAAAAGAACACAUUCUUGCUUCUAAAAUGGCUACGUAAUUUAAGGUUAUCAGAGGUUAGUUUACCAAAAAGGUUUUUGUCAUCAAUAAAAAAUGGCAGCUGGUUGAAGGUUUCUUUGAAUGGAAGUCCAGGCUACCGCCCGCCCUCAGAGUCAUUCAUGUUAGACUCUACAAAAGGGAGUCUUCUACAGAAUGGUUCUGUGCUUGUUGAUAUUCCAUUGGUGGAUGAGAAAUAUUAUGGUGUCACAAUGAAGAAGUACAAAGAUGAGUUAGAAACAAUUGGUGUUAGGUUUCAGGAUUCAGACGCCUGUAAAUUUAUUGGUAAGCGUCUCAUGGAUCUUGCAACUUCUUCACAGCUUACCAAAGACAAUGUCCUUUCGAUACUGAAGUUUAUUGAGUAUCUAGGAAAGCAUUCUAUCCCCUGUGGAGAGUUCAUCAAAGUUAUCAGAGAAAAAGAGUGGCUUAGGACAACUCGAGGUGAUAAGACUCCUAGCAAGUCUGUUUUGUUCAGUCAGGAUUGGAAUGCUGCUUCACAAAUUAGUGAUAUUCCGUUCCUUGAUCAAGAUUACUACGACACAGAAAUACUUUCUUACAAGAAUGAACUUAAUCUGCUGGGUGUGGUUAUGAAUUUUGAUAAUAGUUAUCAGCUUGUUUUAGACAACCUCAAGUCCUCAUCUUCAUUGACUUGUUUGUCUCCUGAAGCCAUGUUACUGAUACUAAGGUGCAUACAGAAUUUGCAAUCAUCGGAUAAGCUUGUGCAAGCAAUUAAAAACAAUAAGUGCUUGAAGACAAACUUGGGUUACAGAUGCCCAUCUGAAUGUUUCUUGUCUAACCCUGAAUCUGAAUGGGGUUGCCUUCUUAAGGUCUUUGGAUCAUUCCCGGUUCUUGAUGAAAAGUUUUACGGGAGGUCUAUCUUUUCUAUGUCGAACGAAUUAAAGAAAAUAGGUGUGAUGGUGGAUUUUGAGGAUGCCAGCAAAGAAUUCUCCCGAACUUUCAAGCAACAGGCUUCGCUAUCUUCAAUCAAAAAAGAACAUGUCCUUUCGUUUGUGCAAUGUUAUGGAAAGCUAAUGAAACUGGAAAUCAAAUUUUCUUCGGAUUUCAAGAAGUGCAUACGAGAAGAAAAAUGGAUAAGGACGAGACUUGGUGGCUACAGACCACCAAAAGAGUGCAUUCUUUUUGGUGCUGAAUGGGAACCAAUUUCUACAAUCUCCCUGCUUCCCUUCAUUGAUGACAACUUUUAUGGCAAUGAGAUCCAUAACUAUCGCGCCGAUCUCAAGGGGUUGGGUGUUAUCACAGAUUUCAAAGAUGGAGCCAAGUUUGUGGCUAAUGGGCUUUUCUUACCUCAAGAUUGCAGUAGUCUUACUCCUGCAAAUGUUUACGCCCUUCUUGAUUCUGUCAAGAAACUGAAAGAAGAGAGUGGAACAGAUCUUCCUUCUGAAUUCCUAGACAAAGUUUCUCAAAAGAAUUGGUUAAAAACCUAUUUUGGCUACAAACGUCCUGACGAGUGCUUGCUUUUUGAUUCUUCCUGGGAUUCCUUGUUGAAACGCAAAGAUGGUCCUUUUAUCGAUGAAGGAUUCUAUGGAACUCGCAUUGGAUCCUACAGAAAGGAGCUUAAUGUUUUAGGAGUUAUCACCGAUUCCAACAAGGAAUGCCAGUUGCUUGCUGGUUACCUUGAAUGCCACUCCAACUUUGAAACAAUUGGUCGUAUCUACAACUACUUGUCUACAUUUAAGUGGGAGCCAGUUGAUGAAGACAGUAAAAGGAUAUGGAUCCCAAGAGGAACCGACAAUGGUGAGUGGGUACUGCCUCAAGAUUGUGUGCUUCAUGACAAAAACAAUUUAUUUGGCGAGCAGUUGAACGUUUUGGAGAAUUGCAAGUAUGAUGGAAAAAUUCUGGACUUGUUUGCAAAUACUUUGAAUGUGAAGGUUCAUCCCUCGAUUGAUGACUAUUGCAAGCUUUGGAAGGCAUGGGAAAGUUCAGGAAGCCAAAUUGUAACACACAAAGAAUGCUGCGCCUUUUGGGAGUUUGUGGUUCGAAACUGGAACCCAAGAACAGAAGAUACUUUCAAGAACAACUUAUCCAAACUCCCUGUUUUGGAUCCUGCUUCCAAUGUCAUUUUUCUGUUUGACAAGUGUGACGUGUUCAUUGGUGAUGAUCUUUUCUUGACGGAUCUCUUUACAAAAACCUUCUCUCGUCCCAUAUUCGUAUGGUUUCCUCAGCCAAGUCAGAAAACCCUAACCCGAACCAAGCUUGUGGACAUCUACACCAAACUUGGUGUCCGGAUCUUGUCCGAAUCUGCACAAAAAAACAUAUCUGAUAUUGAUCAUGCUGGAUUCGAGCCAGUGAAUUUGAAAGAAAAGAUCAACAAAAAGGGUUUGUUCAAACUCAUUCUUGCCUUUCUGGCUGAUCCUAAUCUGAAAAUCGAGCCAGACAAGAGACAUGAAGCUGUUAGCCGUGUGCUUGCGAUCGAAGCUUUUGAGACACCGGAAAAAAUGUCGGUCAGAUACAGCUUGACUUUUUCAUGUGGAGAAGUUGUGGAUGUGGAGCCCAGGAGAAUGAUCCGUUGGGACAAACAGCUGUCUAAAUUAUAUAUGCAGAAGAUGGAGAGAGCUUCUGGUCAUAAGAAUGUUAUUGAAUACGCUUCUCAUUUUGCUGAAGAAAUAGCAGAGGGAGUUCUGUGGGAUAAUGAAGAGCUUGUUCCAGAUCUGUGUGAGCUCAUAAGGCUGGGGUUUUUGUUGGAGUUUGAUGAGGAAGCAGUGGAGUUCCUCAUGAAGAUCAAGAAUCUGCAGAUCUUUCUGGAGGAUCAAGACUUCCUUUCUUCUACCUUCUCUUAAUUAUGAGGUACUUCCGGUAGCGGAUGAUGGAGCUCGGGAUGAUCGCAUGGCACACACCAUAGAUUAGUCAGCUUGGGAAUGUUUUACUCUGAUAAUGAACAUGUAUUUUGAAAACUAAUACUCUGUUUAUGUUUUGAAAUGAUGAUUUUACUUUAAGUGAUACUUUAUUAAAAGAAA